CCUUGCCCAGCAGGAACAGAUAUUGGUCUGCUGUCAAGCACAAAACAUCCAACUUGCAGUGUUGUGAUCGUCAUUUUAUCGAAAAAAAAUUUAUCUACAUCAUAGUGCUGAGAAAAAUACUGCGAAAUUAUGAAAACAUAUUGAACCUGACGAAAGUUAUGAGAAUAAGUGAUGUUGUGAGGAUACUAUUAAAUGUGAAAAAUAUUGAAGAUCAAUUCCAUUGAGAAGCCAGUGGAAUUAAUAAAUAUUUCCACCUAAGAAAAGUGACGGCUGCGUUGCUGAUAAUAGGACGCUGGUAACAUGUACUGUCUGCAAUGUCUGAUUCCAGUGCUCCUGAUUCCAAAGCCGACAAACCCUGCUCUAAUGCAGACGCAUGUUAUGUUCAUUGUGCUGUAUUUGAUCGGAUUCUUUCUGGAACGGAAGCCAUGCACCAUCUGCAGUUUAGUGUUCAUAGCAGCUGUUUUUCUGAUCUGCAACAGCGGUGUCGGAAACUGUCUGUUUUGGAGUAACUGCGAAGGUCAUACCUGCGACAACGGCUAGAACCUGUGGCGAUCAAGUGGGUAGGAGACCCCUAAACAAGUUUUCUUUUAUUUUAAAAUUGUUUGAAUACAUGUAAUAGAUUUAAGUUUUAUAAAAAUAAAGAUCCACAACGUAACUAUUGUAAAAAAAUGAUCUGUUGAAUGACUCAACCAAAGUGUGUAUUCUAGUUUUCUUGUACGAUGCAACGAUGCAAAGGAGAAAUCAUGACACAAGAGGAAUCACUAGUUUGGCCAUCUGUGGAAAAAGUAAGUUCGUUAGCGGAUUUGUUAGUGAACAAUGAAACAAAUCGUGCAAAAAAAAAAAAAGAACAAGUCACUGAAUCGGAAUGAAUGCUUUUGAAACAAUGCUACGUUUCCUAACUAAAACUCUAAUCACUCGAAACGGCGGGUGCGGUGAUAAGCGGACUGGAUUGGAUUCGAUUUCGGAUUUCGGAGCAAGCGUCGAGGAAAACGUUAGUACUAUUCUCGGUAAAACGAACCCUUUCAAAAGCAAUGUACAUAUAAUUGAACAUAAUCUUGAAAUAUUUAUUUUUGUAUUACCUUUCAACCUUAGGUUAGCGUGUUAACGUUUUAAAAUGCCUGUAUCGUGCUACAUAAUCAAGAAGAUUUCAAAAAAACUGUAAUAUAAAUUAGUUACUAAACGCA